AUGAGCAUUUUCAACUACACGCCUCUUUCCGUGGAAGAUAAUUCCAUCAGGCUCCUCGUGUUGAAACCAGGAACUUACGAUUGCGAAAUCGAAAUUGAGCUCUUUCAUGUCUCCCUUGGCCAGAACGAAUCUCCGGCUUAUGAGGCCUUAUCAUACGUUUGGGGAACGACUGAGAACCGACAGAACAUUGUAGUCCGCGAACGGUUACCGCCAGAUCCGAGCAACCCCUUGAGUGAGUCGGUAUAUGGCGACUUGAUUUCGGAAGGACAAUUACCUGUCACUCAAAACUUAGAGAUUGCCCUCCGCCACCUCCGGCGGUCGACAAGCCAUCGUGUUCUCUGGAUUGAUGCUAUUUGUAUUGAUCAGCAAAACACCGACGAGCGAAAUUAUCAAGUACGCCGAAUGGGAGAAGUCUAUCAAACAGCCCGCCAAGUUCUCGUCUGGCUUGGUCCAAGUGAUAAGACUAGUCCUCUGGCAGUUCAGACAUUGCAUACUAUUGGAACCGACUACUUGUAUGAUAAUGUCACACACACGGCGUAUAGCGUUAGGGGUUCCAUGACAGAAUCAUUGGAAAAUGAUGCCAUUGCUUUGAAAGCCAAAAAUGCUGAGUGGCUUGCCGUCCGAGACCUGUUCGAACGAGAAUGGUUUACGAGACUGUGGGUGUACCAAGAGAUCAGACUGAGCAAGCAAGCAACGCUUUUGGUCGGCUCGCUGCAACUAGAUUGGCAGAAAUUUACAUCAGCAGUUUGGUGGAUUUUAGGAUACCCUGCGUAUCAGAACUCUGGGUUGCAAAUAUUCGACAGCAAGCUUAUGGACGCAAUAUGUGGCAUUGUCGCAGGUUAUCACCCGACACAAUCAGUUGAGGACAUCUUGGAACAAACGCGUCACAGAAGAUGCUGCGAUCCUCGCGAUAGAGUUUAUGCAAUUCUCGGCGUCAUUCAAGUUACAACACAUCAAAGGUUCAGCAUUAUUCCUGAUUAUACCAAAUCUGUUGAAGAAGUGUACCUGGAGUUUGCCAGAGAUUUUGUUUUAAACGGCAAUGGCUUGACUCUACUCAGAUUUGUCUCAUCAUCUAAGGCAACUGGCAAAUUGCCUACUUGGGUGCCGGAUCUGUCUGAUAUAAAUGCUUGUGGUCAGAUUAAUGCUGCUGGAGCUGCUGGUUCGGUGAUAGGUGCAAAUUUGAAAUCAACCUCUGUAAAGGAUGGCAAUCUGAAUCUUACAGGUCUCCUAGUAGAUAAGCUGCUCCAUUGUGAGUCACCACUUUCAAUUUCCGCCCAAGUGUCUGAGAUUCACUCGAGCAUUCAAAGCUGGGAGCCCCACAAACCACUAACGGCACCAUAUGUUGGCGGUGGUACCCUAGAAGAUGCUUUCGUCAAAACUAUAUUCUGCGGUCGUGUCUUGGAGGAUUGCAUUCGCGGCCAUUUCGAAGCACCCACCUUAGAAUAUGCGAAGACUGCUUAUAAAUCAGGCACUUGGAGAACCAUUAAUGACGAACCCAAUCGCGUAUUUACUCAGCGGCUUUUGCAAUCGGUCUUAGGUAGGAAAUUCUGCAGAACAGCAAAUGGACUCAUCGGUAUGUUUCCGGCCGACGCGCAGGUUGGUGAUCAAGUCUGGGUCACACUUGGUAGCGGACACCCUCUACUAUUGCGGCAGGUUGAAGACAGCAUAAGUAAAUACCAGUUACUCGGUUAUUGUUACGUUGCCGGCAUCAUGCACGGCGAAUCUGUGCUCGGUCAACUUCCUAGGGGAUGGGCGAGACUGCCGAUGGACAAAAAUGCGAACUGGGCUUAUGUUCAUGAGGACGGGACGAGAACCUCCCAAGAUCCGCGGCUAGGUACGUUACCUGAUGGGUGGACAAUUGAGUUUAGUGGAGGAAGAGAAAUGAAUCCUGAAGGGGAACCGAAUAACUUUUGGUUUGAGCACGCCGAACAUGAUAGUCAAUGGUAUGACCCUCGCCUAAGCAAAGAGAAUUUGCUCAAGCGAGGAGUUAUUUUGAGAGAUAUCACGAUUGUGUAG